AUGGAAGCCCAUUUCUGACAGAGAAAGGGAUAUAUAUCCCCAUGGCAAAGUCAUAAUUACAUAAUUAUGAGAUAUAAAGUCGAAACUAUGAGCUAGAAAGUAAUAAUUGAGAUAUAAACUAACUCUCAACAGGCUGGUAACACAAUCCCACCUCACUCGCUCUGCCAAUCAAAGGUACGUUCGUGUUCGUGUCCCACCCACCCCCACAGGUAGCUAGGAUGAUUGACAGGUUUCACAGCUACACAGGUCAUGAAACCUUCACUGACCUCCUGAACUCGGUAAUUGCUAUAACCAAUCUUCUUAUCUAGAACAACGUCUUCCUAUAAACACUUCUAACAUAACAGGUUAACAUUGCAUUUCACUCGGUCCGUUACAGUAUACAUUUAGAAAUUCUUUAAAUACGUUUUACAAAAUACACAUUUAAAAAAAAAAAAGCAACGAUAAGGCAGUUAUGAUGAUUUCAAUUGACAUUUAGAUUGUCGUUCAUUAGUAGCAAAAGCAGCGGGCUCAACGCAGGUUUUAUUUUGAAAAGAAAUCACCGGACGGACGUAUUAUUUUGUUUAAAUCUUUUAAUUAGCAAACUGAGUGACGUUUUGAACUCGUGCAAACGCUACUAACGUGUGUACAUCUUUUAAUUAGCAAACUAAGUGACGUUUUGAACUCGUGCAAACGCUACUAACGUGUGUACAUCUUUUAAUUAGCAAACUAAGUGACGUUUUGAACUCGUGCAAACGCUACUAACGUGUGUACAUCUUUUAAUUAGCAAACUAAGUGACGUUUUGAACUCGUUCAAACGCUACUAACGACGGAUCACCUGUGGCCAAACUUUGCUGCAUCACAUCAAAGCACCUGGCACUCUGCUGGUUGAUUGAUUUGCCUUUUACCUGACAACAACACAAAUGCAUCGUAGUUUUACUUCAUCACGGUGCAAAUAAGUGUGCGCUAUAUGCCAUGUUAUAUGGUGGAAGAGGACAACUCUGAAGACGACAUCUCCAGAUCACAGGGAUAGACAUGUUCCCAACAAUAUGGACAAGCUUGCUUUCAAAUAUAUGCUGUGUAAAGUGGAGUCCAGCACUGAUUCUGACUCAGAGAUCAGUCCAAGGUGGUCGGAUACCAGCACUAUGGGAUGUGUGAGCAGUACACCAGAGAGUGGGACCUUUCGGCGAACACUGCCAUUAACACGCACAUCUGCAGGAAGGCAUGGCUGUUAUUCUUUGUUUUUGGACCCAUACGACGGGAGCUCCGAGGAUUCUGACGAGUCAAACCUUGAUGUGGGUGUCUCCAGCAGGCAAACGAGGCAGCAGGGAAAAAGUGGAGGCUCUCGGUUCUUGGGUAGGAGAAGGAGAUUUCUCUUUCAUCACCCUGCUGCCCUCAGAGAAGUGGCGAAAAAUGGGACGAGUGAUCCCGUAACGGAGCCGCAGCCACAUCUUUUGGAUGUUCAGAUGAAAUGUGGGAGUGACUCUGACAUCAUGCCCUCCCAUUGUGACAGGGAUGGUUAUAGAGCUCUUACAGAGGAAAUGGCCAAUGAUUCAACAGUGCACAGCCAAACCAUGGACAUAGAAAUGCAUUGCCAAUUUAAUGAUUCAGGCUUAAACGUUACAAUGCCCUCCACAUCUCACUUACCUGGACCUGUAACCCCAGUGGAAGGGACUUUGUCCCAGAGGCUGGAUAGCUCCUCUGAGACAUCCCCCUGCCCCCGUAACCUCCGAUCGAUUUACAAGAGAAAGCUGGGUUUCCCUGAAGCAGACGUGGGGGAACUGGGGCAAAGAAAGAGGCAGUGUGUUGUCAACAUGGAUGACGAACAAAAAGAAAGGGACUCUGCAUCUGAACCAUGUUCGAGUGUAACCACGGUGUAAAUCCCUGAGGGUUUAUAUUUGUACCUCCAGUUAUUGAGUGUGUCACAUAAUGUACCGAUUGCCUUUAAGCAGUUAUGACUUUAGUCUCCAUAAGACAACCUAUGCACAGGUAAUGAAUAAACUGUUUUCCCCACGAUUAAAGAAAAACCUAUGUUAA